GGGCCAGUCAGCGCGCCUGCGCAGUGCGUCAGUGACAGGCUGGAAGCUGCUGUGCUGUCCUGGGUUGCCUGAGAUUUGGCCCAGCAGAAAAGAAGAUGGUGCUGGAUCUGGAUUUGUUUAGGGUGGAUAAAGGGGGCAACCCAGCCCUCAUCCGAGAGACGCAAGAGAAGCGUUUCAAGGACCCGGGACUGGUGGACCAGCUCGUAAAGGCAGACAGCGAGUGGCGACGAUGCAGAUUUCAAGCAGACAACUUAAACAAGCUGAAGAACCUAUGCAGUAAGACAAUUGGAGAGAAAAUGAAGAAAAAAGAGCCAGUGGGAGAUGACGAAUCCAUUCCAGAUAAUGUAUUAAAUUUUGAUGACCUCACUGCAGACACGUUAGCUAAACUGAAAGUCUCACAAAUCAAAAAAGUUCGACUCCUCAUCGAUGAAGCCAUUCUGAAGUGUGAUGCUGAGCGGAUAAAGCUGGAAGCAGAGCGAUUUGAGAAUCUCCGAGAGAUUGGGAACCUUCUACACCCCUCUGUGCCCAUCAGUAACGAUGAGGAUGCUGACAACAAAGUAGAGAGGAUUUGGGGCGACUGUACAGUCAGGAAGAAGUACUCUCACGUGGACCUGGUGGUGAUGGUAGAUGGCUUUGAAGGCGAAAAGGGAGCAGUGGUGGCUGGGAGUCGAGGGUACUUCCUGAAGGGGGUCCUGGUAUUCCUGGAACAGGCGCUCAUCCAGUAUGCCCUUCGCACUUUGGGAAGUCGGGGCUAUACUCCCAUUUAUACCCCCUUUUUCAUGAGGAAGGAGGUCAUGCAGGAGGUGGCACAGCUCAGCCAGUUUGAUGAAGAACUUUAUAAGGUAAUUGGCAAAGGCAGUGAAAAGUCCGACGACAACUCCUAUGAUGAGAAGUACCUGAUUGCCACCUCUGAGCAACCCAUUGCGGCGCUACACCGGGAUGAGUGGCUCCGGCCGGAGGACUUGCCCAUCAAGUAUGCUGGCCUGUCCACCUGUUUCCGCCAGGAAGUGGGCUCACAUGGCCGUGACACCCGGGGUAUUUUUCGAGUCCAUCAGUUUGAGAAGAUUGAACAGUUUGUGUACUCCUCACCCCAUGACAACAAGUCAUGGGAGAUGUUUGAAGAGAUGAUCACCACCGCAGAGGAGUUCUACCAGUCCCUGGGGAUCCCUUACCACAUUGUGAAUAUUGUCUCAGGUUCUUUGAAUCAUGCUGCCAGUAAGAAGCUUGACCUGGAGGCCUGGUUUCCGGGCUCGGGAGCCUUUCGUGAGUUAGUCUCCUGUUCUAAUUGCACGGAUUAUCAGGCUCGCCGGCUUCGAAUCCGAUACGGGCAGACCAAGAAGAUGAUGGACAAGGUGGAGUUUGUCCACAUGCUCAAUGCCACGAUGUGCGCCACUACUCGUACCAUCUGCGCCAUCCUGGAGAACUACCAAACAGAGAAGGGCAUCAUUGUGCCUGAGAAACUGAAGGAGUUCAUGCCGCCAGGACUCCAAGAACUGAUCCCUUUUGUGAAGCCUGCGCCCAUUGACCAGGAGCCAUCAAAGAAGCAGAAGAAGCAGCAUGAGGGCAGCAAAAAGAAAAUGGCAACAAAAGAUGUCGCCCUGGAAAACCGGCUGCAGAAUAUGGAGGUCACUGAUGCCUGAACAAACAUUCCCGCCUCCCAGUCUGCCAGGCUUUCAUUUCUGUCUGCUGGGAUCUCAGAGCCUGCCCAAGAGCAGGGAAGCCAAGUACCCACUCAUCGCCCUGUCCCCAUCUGACUGCACAGCUGAAAGGGCAACAGUCCACCAUGUACAACACACAUGUUCCUGUCUCUGGGCAUGGGCAUGGAAGCUAAUCACCGGUGACUGAUGAAACCAUGUAAUAAAGCAUCUCUGGGGAGGGCUUAGGACUCUUCCUCAGUCUUCUUCCCGGGGCUUGAGCCCUGUC